AUGCCCAUCCCUUCCGCCGAGCCUGCACCCCGCCAUCCGGCGCCGAGCUUCAUGGUCCUGCCGGCCGAAGUGCGCCUCGAAAUCUACCACCACCUCCUGCGCCUCCCCCCCAUUACCCCCGACGAGUCGUCUGCCGCCUCGCGCGUGUCCACCGCGAUCCUGCGCACGAGCCGGCUCGUGCACGCCGAGUCGGCGGCGGUGCUCUACAGCGGCAACACCUUUGUGGCGCACCCGUCGCUGCUCGCGGCGUUUCCGCGCCUGCGGCCGUGGUACGCGCCCGUGUGCGCCGCCGCCGUGCUGCCGCGCAUCCGCCGCUUCCACCUGACGGUGCGUCUCGACCGCGACCCCGCGUUUGACCGGCGCCGCGCGGCGGCCGCGUUUUCCGGCGCCGAGGUGCUCGAGGUGCGCGUCGUGCAGUCCGUGUUUCUCGGCGCCGGCCGCGAGAACCUGCGCAUGCUCGAGGACGUCCGCGGCGUCCAGACGGUCACGGUGCGAGGCAGCACGACCGGCUUCGAGGGCUACGUGCGCUGGCUGGUGCGCCUGAUGCAGAGCCCGCUGGGAACCAAGGCCGUCAUGUUGACGCCUGAGGAGGAGGGUGUCGCGGUUGAGACGGGUACAGGGACAUGA